AUGUCUUCAGACGACAGAAGAAAGAAAAUACGAGAAGAUUGUGAAGAAUCGAUAGGAGCAUAUUCUCCAAAUGACACAAGUGAAGAAAACAAUGUUAAAGAAAAAAGAAGAAAAUUUCAAAAUAAAAUUAGGUGUCAGCGAUAUAGACAUAAAAAAAAAAUUAUGAAUGCUACAGUUAAUUUACAAAUUUCUAAUCCACAAACAAUAACAGUUGAGGAGAAGGAAAAAAUUAAACGUCGAAAAGAAAGAUACAAAGAAGCAUCUCAGCGUUACAGAGAUAGAAAAAGAAUGAAUUUGAUGAAUUUACGUGUAGAUCAAUGCUCAGGAAUAAUUGUAAAGCAUGCUUCUGAAUGUCAGAAUUUCCAUACCUCUCAAAUUGCAGGACCGUCAACAAGAGAUGUGCCAUAUGUACCACCAACUCAAACUGCUGGCCUAUCAACUUGGAAUGAACUAUACAUUUCAGAGUCACAUUCUUAUUCUGAUGAUGAAAUUCACAAUGAGAUGCCUUUAGAAGUUGAAAUUAAUGAUGAACCACAAAUAAAUAGUCCAAUAAUAACAAACGAUGAAUCAAAUACUCGAAAUAUUCAUCCGAACCAUGUUCAAAAUAAUAUGCAAUCCAUGGUUUUUCAACAUCAUCUACCUGUACAAACAUACUCUUCUUUCGUACAGGAUUCCCGUGCACAUAUGGAGUUUCAAAAAAAAUUUAUUGACAAUGAUUUUGGCCAUGUUUGCGACAUUUGUGAUAGACUGUGGUUUAAAAAUGAUUUAAAAUUUUUUCUUAAUAACGAUGCGACUCCUUGUAUUGAAUUUAUAAGAACAAUGCUUCCAAAUUCGAAUCUAGCUGAGGUGAAAAUAUGCUCAACGUGUUUUAGAACAAUUAAAAUUAAUCGUGUUCCACCACUUUCUGUAUAUAAUGGAUUCAAAUAUCCUCCAUUUCCAGAAAAUCUUAAAAAAAAUCCUUUAAAUUUGGUUACAGAAAGACUCAUAUCUCCGAGAAUUCCAUUUAUGCAGAUUCGACAUGAUCUCGGUGAAUUUGGCAUUUAUGAGCAGGUGAUAAAUGUCCCAAUAGAAGUAAAUACAAUGGUACGUGCAUUGCCAAGAAGUGUAGAUGACGAUCAUAACAUUAUGGUUCACAUCAAGAGAAAAAAAAUACACAAAUCUAGCUACGUUUAUGGUAUAGUCAACAAAAGAAAAAUAAAGGCGUGGUUGCAAUAUUUGAAAGAUACACCUCUUUAUACCUUUUACGGUAUUACAGUUGAUGAUAGCUUCCUAAACGGUCAAGAUGAUAUAAAAGGUGAAAUAACCUACGAUGAAGAUGGUGACAAUGACAUUUUAGAACGAAUACCAUUUGAUGAAAGUUUUAUGGCACAGCAACAAACAUUAAUGUGGAAUGACGAAAUGUACUUGAGAAUUGCUUCUGGAGAAGAUAAUGUUCCCAAUAGUUUAUUAUUUGAUGAACACGAAGAAGAAUUAUCUUUUCCACAAAUAUACUUGGGUCAAUUUAGAACUUUUCGUGAAGGCCUUAUUGUGACUCCUUUUAUGAUGGCAACAAGUGAACUUCGACGAUCCGACAGACGAGGAGUUACCCCUCAGCAUUUGUUAUACUUGGCGAUGAAAAUAAUGAGAAUAAGAAUACGAGAUUCGCUCUCUAUAGCGUUCAAACGUGUUGGAAAAGAUGCUAGUAUAACUAAACAACAAAUAGAAUCAGAAAAUUAUAUAUACGGAUAUAUUGAAAGUAAAUUGGCUUUUCUACGCACAAUCCCGAAUUCUGCAUAUUAUUGGUCAGAAAAGAAAAAGGACCUGUUUGCAAUGAUAAGACAAUACGUCCUAGGUUUGGGUAGA